CAACAAUAAGAGUUUACAAAUCUCGCUGAUUUCCCAGCUCUCUCUCUCUCUCUCUUUGCUUUCUCGUAUGCACGUCUUCUUACCGUUGCCUUAUUCCGACUGUCAUUCGAAUGUGCAAAGGGUAGCUGCACUACUAGCAACAGCCCUUUUGAGGAUAUACAUCCAACCAAGCAGCUACUCUUUGGCCAAAUAAUAGUCCAGGUUAAAAUCGAUCGAGACUUUUAGACAAAGCAGACCUCGUCAAAAUGUCACUCCAGCGGUUAUUCUAUCGCGGCAUCAGGUCUAACAUAAAGGGACUCAGCAACACAUUGGUAAAAUGCCUUACCUCGUCCCCAGACCACACGCGGCUGCUUCAGGCCAAGGAAAUUGAGCGAAACCUGGGUGAUGGCCUGUUAAGUGUCACAUGGCGUGACGGCUCGAGUAGUCGGUAUCCGUUCAUAUACCUUCGGGAUAUUUGUCGGUGCCCUCAGUGCUUCCAUAGGUCGUCCCUCCAGCGAGCGCUGGACCCGGUCAGGGAGCUGGACCCUAGCUUGGUCGCCAGCAAGGCUGAGCUCAGUCACGACAGGAAACAAAUCACGCUGACGUGGCCUAAUGGUCAUGUGUCCUGCUUUGAUUGUGAUUGGCUGUUUGAGAGGAGGCUUCCGGAUAGCAAUGGUCAGCAGUUUGAGGAGCAGAGUUUUAUCCGUGAAGAUGCACAACUGUUGGGCUUGGGGGCGGAUAUCCCCACCAUAUCAUUCGACGACGUCUUACAAGACGAGAGGACGCAGCUGACGUGGCUUAAGCUGAUUGGCUCACACGGACUCGUGCUCAUUAACGGUGCGGGCAGUGAUGCAGGCCAGGUGAAAAAGCUUGGUGAUGUGCUUGGAUAUCUGAAGACUAUGUGGUUUGGGGAAACGUAUCCAGUCGUGAAUAAGAUCGGUAGUGAGGAUACGGGUGCUAGUCCCGCAUCUAUCGCGUGCGUCCCGAAGGCAACAUGUCCAUAUAAGGAGUACAGGGGAGGGCUACAUAUGAUCCACUGUCGCCAGGAGCUUGGGGGAGAAGGCGGCGAGCAUACCUUUGUAGAUGGCUUCAACAUUGCAAAACAGCUGAAAAAAGAGGAUCCUGAAAACUUUAAUCGCCUGUGUACCGCAAGAAUAUUGUACCAGAGAAAGGUGACCAAUCAUGACGCUGAUCUGAAGAUGAGCUUCUCGCAUCCGGUCAUCAGACUGGACGACAAAGGCCGCUUGAAGCGCAUCAUUUGCAGUGAAAAGUACAGGGUCUCCUUUGUAAAUGUCCCUCCCAACGAGGUCCCUCUGUUAUAUAGGGCCUACUUCCAGUUCUCCCGUUUGAUCAGGAACCCAGGGUACACGAUCAAGCACAAGCUGCGAGAGGGGGACAUUAUUACUAUGGACACGGAUCGGGUGCUCUGCGGUAGGGACGCAUAUGGACCGGAAGUAAGUGGGACGGAAGUGUUUGAGUGUGGGUUCUCGGAUAAGGACAUGACGAGCUCGGCACGAAGACUUCUGGAAAAGCGACUUUCAGGGGAGGGCACAGGAUUUGAGUUUGACGAACCCGUAUUGUGAGACACACGACAAUGGCGUGGCUUUCACAACGACGCCAUUAACUUUUAUAAAUAUUCCAUAAUGAUAAUAUCAUAGAUUCAUAUAUUUUUGGAUAUAUUUUUAGCUUAGUGAUAAUGCACAUUAAUCGGAAACGUGCCUAACCGUGUCUGGACAUAUCAUGGAAAGAACUGGUAUGCCAUGUUUAAUAUCAUAGUACUUAAAACAGCCUUGAGAACGGGUACGGCAUGAUGCUCCAGACCUGUUGGUAAAUUCGAUAUUGUAACGGUAAAUAAGGCUUCAUGUGUUCGAACACGGCAUGCUUAUUUUUACUCCAUGAACGAUGAAAUCGGUUGCUGAAAAAGGUUACAAAGAAUACGAUUAACAUUACAGGAAUAACGAAAUAAGCGAAAAACGUAUACUUAAAAAUAAUCCUGUAGUACGAUAGUCGGUAAACAGUUGCUUGUGAACGAUACAAGAACGAGCGAUGAAUGUGAACUAGAGAAAAACUAGUGAACCUUAUAUGCUAAUAAAUGUUAGAGAUACGUAACGCCGAUUGUAUACAAGAAUAAAUAAUCGUGGAACGUAGAGAAAUACAAACAUGUAGGCAAAGGACAAAUGCGAAUACCGCAGUAACAGAUAUGAUUCAAUUAUAGUAAUAAUAAUAAAAUAAUUAAUAAAAUUAUCAUACUAUA